AUGAGCGCCCACCUCAGGAGCACCCACGUCGCCCUGCUGCUCGCCCUGUGCCUGCUGCUGACUGCCGCAGACGCACGGCAGACCAGGGCGUCGCUGGGCCGCCGCCGCCUGCGUGCCAGCGCCCCCUCCCCCGCCCCUAUCCCCAAGCCCAUCAAGAUGACGCACGAGGAGCUGUGCGAGCUGCUGGCCUCGGCCCCGCCCAACGCCAGCCUGCUGCUGGCUGCCGACCCCGGCGUAUUCAGCGGAGUGCCAGAGGUGCGCUUCCUGCUGGAGAACGCAAAGGUGGAGGCCGACAAGGUCGGCCGCUCCGCCAGCUGCCCCUCUGUGGCCGUGGGCACCCUGCUGGGUCAGCCCGCCAUCAUGGGCACCACCGGCAUCGGCCCCCCCGCCGCCUCGGCCUGCACCGCGGAGCUGCUGUCGUGCGGCGCCGCCAUCGACAUGCGCGAGGUGGUGUGGCUGGGCACCUCGGGCUGGUCGCCGCAGCCCGGCGGCGUGCUGAACGCGGACGACUGCUCGGAGGCCAACCCCAGCACGGACGUGACGCGGGUGGGCGACAUCUGCGUGUCGCCCUUUGGGGAGGGCUGGUGCUUCAAGGCCAGCUGGACGGAGCAGGCCAGCGGCUUCCCCAACCAGUGCUUCCAGCCGCCGGUGGACCCGGGCCCAGAGGCCGACUUCCUCUUUGGCUACUGCAUGUUUGCCAACGCCUCGGACGCCAGCCUGGCGCUGGCCGACGAGCUGCCUGCGGACGAGGAGCUGUACUGGAGCGAGAUGCAGAACGGCACGGGGGUGGCGUACGGGUACGACGCCGCAGCGCCGCCCAAGGUGCGCGACUACACGGAGUGCGCUGAGGUGGCGUCGGAGAGCUUCUGGAGCGCGCACCCCUGGGACGCCCAGGCCCGCUCCUUUGUGGCUCAGCUCAUCACAACGUCGGGUGUCGCCAACGUGACGCAGAGGGAUGUGGUGGCGGUGUCGGCCAUGGAGGCCCGCGGCUUCCUCACAGCCAUCUACAACCAUAACGCCAACGCCGAGGUGUACCUGCCGCACGCCAUUGUGCGCGCCGCCUCCAACCUGGACUCAAUCAUGCCCGUGGCGCCCUCCCCCGAUGAGCCGGGCGUGUGGCUGGCGCAGCCGCUCAUCAACGAGGACGUGUCUGUGGGAUACGCCUUUGCAAUCGGCACCUCCUCAUCUGCCGUGCUCAACAUGUUCCGCCUGCGCUGCCUGGACGCCGGCGGCAGCGACGCGGAGUGCGCCUUCAAGAUCGUGCAGUGA